AUUCACCCAUCGAACGGUCCAGAUAAUAAUACCAUAUGCUAGUAUGACCCAUAUCUUCACUCUCGCGAAGAUGUACCCAAUUUGGACGUGAGUACUGAAUGUUUUCACGGACUUUUGACUUCAGCCCAAGUCAAGGUUCCCAAAAGGCCGAAGCCGCCAGCCCACCGCACACUGCCCCUCCCCUCCUCGCCCAAUCCCCCCUUCUUCGUCCCACGACAGACCAAUUUCUUCCCAAAUCGCCACCGCCACCGCCAUGAUGUCGUCACCGGCAGAUACCGCGCCGUCAUCCUCCUCCGCGGCCUCGGCCGCUCCGAAUCAGCAUCCACAGCCGCCGGCGCAGCAGGCUGAUACGAAGGAGCGGCGGAUGGAGUCGCUCGGGUGGCUGACGGAGUCCACGGUGAUGCCCAAGAAGCACAAGGCCAUCGAGGGCGUCGGCGCGGCAUCCAUACUCGACCUCAAGGCCCAGCUCUACCGCACUCAGGAGGAAGCCCGCAAUUCCACCGCCGCUGACGCCGCCUCCAGCGAGUUCCGCCGCGCCAAGAAACGCUCGGGCCCCGCCGACCCCCUGGGCGCCAAGAACUCAGGGAUAAGCUGGAGCUGAAAGCUGUGAAAGAUGGUACUGCAUGUUAUUCUGCCCUAGAAAAGAAGGCUGAGCUGUAUGAGAAAUUAUCCAGGGGUGAGCUACCUGAUGAAGAAGACCAGGAGAAAUAUUGCGUUGAUUUCUUCCAGAAAAGUUUUCAUCAAGUCAGCGUGCGCCGGCAGCCAGAGACUGCUACUGCCCCUGAGCAUGUAGAACAAGAAAAUGAGAGUGUCGAUUCUAU